CGACGGUGAAGAGUUGAAGGACCCCGCAGUGCACAUGCCAAACGUACAGUAACACUAGUGACACGGGCGUUUGAUCCUUUCGCUGGAAACACCUUGAUGGUGGGUAGAAUCGUUACUUACGCAUUAAACAGAUGUCGUGUUUCGGUUGUGAUCCCAACUUCUGCCCAGAAUGUGGAAAUGUGCUUCCUCUUCCAGUAAUACAGGACACAGUCUGCUGCCCCCGCUGCUCCUUCUGCAUCCCUGUAGCAGAGUUCUCAGGCCAGGUGAUCUGCUCAACAGUUGUCUUCAACCCUGUGGAGCAGUCAACAGUAGCUCUGGAGGAAGAGGAGGACUCUGACCUGAAGGGACCUGUGAUUGACAGACGCUGCUCUCGUUGCAAUAAAGAGGGGAUGGUUUACCACACCAGGCAGAUGAGAUCUGCAGAUGAGGGACAGACUGUCUUCUUCACCUGUAUACACUGCAGAUAUCAAGAGAAGGAGGAUUCUUGAGAACAAGUCCAGCACACUUUCUCCAUUCCUGUCCAUUCUUCUGCCCUCAUAUCUGGAUGCUUUCUCUCCACAUGGAUUGAAAAAAACAGCAACUCUGGGCCCUUCACCUUUAUUUCAUCAAGCUGUGCAGUGCAGGGCAUCUCAGUCACUGGUCUUGAAUAUUAGCAUUCACAAACAGACUAAAAUCAGGGUCCAUUUGCUAGCUGUUUUGCUGGCCUUCAUCAUUGGAUGAAGUUUCCUCAGUUUUCACAGAAAUACUAUUAUACACUGUAAACACAACAUUGACAUAUUUUCAACUUAUAAAGUUGUUAUGGUGACUGUGUUAGCAAACCAUUACCUAUGAGCACAUCCAGCAGAACCAGAGCAACAUUAUUUGGAGUUGAGUUUGUGUCCACCUGACAAAUGUCCAGUAUUCACUGUCUUUUCAGCUCUUUUUUUGAUCUCUACCAACUUCUGAGAAAAAUCUGUCUCUUUAGCUGCUAAAUGUUUCACUGUGUUCACCAGCUAGUCUCUAACUAUGUCUGUCUGCUCUGUGCUGCUGAGCAGGUUGUGUACAGUGGGUUUAUUCACACUGUUUCACUAAUAACAGCUGCCUCCUGCUGCUGGAAAUAUAGUUGAUGAGAGCUGAGGUUGUGAUCAAGUACGGCCAGGCUAAAAAGUCAGUGUGCAGCAUUUGAAAUUUUUGGAUUUUUAUUUUUUGUAAUUCUCUUUUUUAUUUGUUUAUAAAUGCAAUAUAACCAUAUGUAAACAAAAUCCACAACCAGUAGAAUAUGAGGACCUUGAGCAAAACCAAAAAAAACCCAAAAAUAAUAAUAAUACCAUAUCAUACCAUAAAAUAAGAAUAGAGUAAAUAAAUAGAUGGAUUGUGCUAUCCAGGUUGUUAAUAAUAAUAAUAAUAAUAAUAAUAAUAAUAAUAACUUUAAUUUAUAUAGCGCCUUUCAAGAAACCCAAGGUCACUUUACAAUACAUAGUAAUGAAACAAUAACACCAACAGAACAGUACAAUACAACACAAGCAGUACAGAAAAGCAACAAAACUAUAACAAACAACAGAAGACAGCAGAGAAACUGUGUGAUGGUACACUGGGCAUGAGAUGGAUUAUCGAAUUAAAAAGCCAUGGUGAACAGGUGAGUUUUGAGGGUGGAUUUGAAAAUGUCCAGUGAAGGGGCAUCGCGGGUUACAGGGGGGAGAGAGUUCCAGAGGGUGGGGGCAGUGACGCUGAAGGCCCGGUCACCAAAAGUUUGGAGGCGGGAGUGAGGGAUGAAGAGUAGGCUGGAGUCAGAGGAGCGCAGACAUCUGGACAGUGUAGGGUUGGAGGAGGUCUGUUACAUACUGUGGGGCGAGGGCAUGGAGGGACUUGUAACUGAGGAGGAGGAUUUUGUAGAUAAUGUGGGACUUGACCGGGAGCCAGUGGAAUUCAUGUUGAAUCAAGACAUACAUUUAGAGACAGGGGGGGCUACUAGUCACACCGCAAUGUGUUUCUCGUACUUGUUCAGACAAAAUCAGGUCUUAUGUUUUGAGACAUAUACUAUUUCAUCCAGUUCUCAAUAAAAACUUCCUUUUGGGUUCUCGAA